AUAUCCAUGAACACUCACGCUUGCCAUGUUGAACCAGUGUCUAUGCUGUAAUACAGCGAGUAUCGGCCCUCUGACAUGGAAGGAUCGAGCAUCGAUUUCGAUCCCGACGGGAACCUCAUUUUGAUUCUGCACAAUCCUGGUGCUCCAUUCGCUGUCUGGCCGCAAGAUGGAAAUUGCCACCUCAAUCUUCAACAAACCGCGCUGGCUUUAUGUCCUUCACCUCGGCAAUCGAGCAGUACAGUCAUGAGUUCAAAUGAUGCGCUGAAGCCCGGCGAUGCAGACGACCGACGGAGCGAAUCAUCACACAUGCCUAUCAGACCACUGAAGCCGAUCAUCCGAUUACGACUUUCCUCGCGGCACUUGAUUCUUGCUUCACCAUACUUCCAAAAAAUGCUGAAGGGCGAUUGGCAAGAAAGCACAGCGCAAUCGCGCCCUGAACGCGUUGUAAAAGCAGAGGACUGGGACCCGGGGGCGCUCUUUGUGCUUAUGAACAUUAUUCACGGGAGAAAUGGCAAAGUUCCCCUGUGCGUUGACAUUGAGAUGCUCUCAAAGAUCGCUGCCCUGGUAGACUACUACCAGUGUUACGAGGCUGUCCAUAUCGUGUCUGCGAUUUGGUUGAAAGAAUUGAGGCAGAGAGUUCCUUCAGCUCUUGGUCGCGACCUUGUCCUAUGGCUCCUCAUCUCGUGGGUCUACCAAGAUCCAGCGUUGUUUGAAACGGUCACAAGAACUGCUAUUAUCACGAUGAAGAGCCCAUUCCCUAGCCUAGGCCUCCCGAUUCCGCAGAUCAUCGCUGAGGCCAUCAACAGUCGAAGGGAAGCUCAAAUCCAGCAGAUUCUGGAUGUGCUGGAUGAUUUGCAACAGUACCUUCUCAAAGAUCAAUCCGGGCACUCGUUCGAAUGUUCGUCGAUCCUUUUUGGCGCACUCAUGAAAGAGUUACACAGGGCUGGGCUGCUUGGCCAAGAUCUCUGCUUGUCGAUCCACGACCUGAGCAUUGAGUCGACGAUGGACGCGCUAGAUAAGAUAAAGUCUACUCAGUGGAAAGCGAUGACCACGGGCACUAGUUUUGGCUCGAGCACAGGUUUCGGACCGAGAUGCUACAGCGGACAUGGGUGUCAUCUCCAAUCCAUCAUUCAGUCAAAGUUGAAAGGCGUAGACAAGACCACAGUGGCUGGUAUUCGGAUGGCGGAGUUCAGGGACAAGAACGACACGCAAUGCGCGACUGCCUCCCUGGCGUUGUCAAGUCACUUGUCUGGGCUUUCACUGUGUUUGAACAACGUUCCGAAUACUCGGAGCGCGGCCAUGUUUGUUGAUGUGCGAGAGAUAGUGACCAGCACAGCUCUCAGCCGUUUCGAGAAUAUUUGUGUGCAGCAGAGAUUUGCGAAUUUCUCACAAGAGGAGCUGCGACUAGGCGAUUCCGUGGCGCUUCAAGAUAACAAGUCACAGGACAGUUGACCUACCAGCCCUGCUAUAUAGUGUUGUUGUAGAACGCUCUUCGUAGAAUUUUGAGCUGGGAGUCCUUAUCUUUGCGCUCAAGCGAUCACUCAAUGAGAAUAUCAGGUUACACUUGGUCGGCAUCGAAUCCGGCUGUUACUACUAACAAGCAGCACCAAUACCAAAGCACUGUGCACCUCUUUACGG